GAUUAAGCUUGGCAACAAAUACAGACUAUCCAAGAUUGCUACACUGCCUGGCCCUCUUGGUUAUAGGAAAGGUAGUCUAAUAUCAGAAUUUACUAUGAAAUAUAAGAAAGGCAAAACUUGGUUUGUUUACGGCCCAAAAGGACAAGCAAAGGUAUGUUUCAACUAAUAUAGCUAUAUUUUAUAUGAAUGCACUGACAGGCCGUAUGCAUGACUGUAAGGAGCGGGUGUUAUUGUAGACGUUUGCAAACAGUGUUGGGUUUUAUAUUCGAGUGGGGGAGAUAAUUUUCAAUCGAGAUACCAUUAGUUGAGAUACCCUUUUUUUGCACGACAGCAUAUCCAUAUCUGGAAACAGACCUUUAUAAUUUAUUUUUCUUUGAUGGGCGCGGACAGUGUUGUGCGUUGGAUGUUAUAAGUUCUAUUUUAACUGACAGUGCUGUACGGGCAAUUUCAUGCAAUAUAAUGGCUUCAGAGCUCUAUGCAUACAAUGAUAUUUUUUUUUUACAUAAAAAUGAUAUUUUUCAUGUCAGGUAUUAGUGGCUAUAAACAAGAAUGACAAAUCUAAACCUAUGGAAAAUAAUCUCACGGACUACUAUCACAGCCAGAAUGACUUACGGGCAAACGCAAUAAGAAUUUUUCCAAAAACGUUCUCAGGAACAACGAUCUGUAUGAGAGUGGAACUAUAUGGAUGUCUUGCAGGUUUGUGCAAUCUACAAUAUUAAAGCAAUAUACAAUCGCUUGGAUGCACAAUUAAGUUUUUUGGGGGAUCACAAUUAUCAGAUUCGUUGCUAUGAAUUAUGCAUGCCCAGCCUCACAGCUUUGAAAAAUGGUAUGGACAAUCAUAAAUUAAAGCAACUAUCCAUCCAACUCGUUCUAUAGGGUAUGCAAGAGGGGCGCCGUGACGUUUAAACUUGCGUUUAGGUUUCCCCUUUUUUGCUGUGAAACUCGGCAUUUUCGUCAUGGAAAUGGGUUUUCGUGAUGGGAAUAGGAUUUGUAAAAAGAGUUGUGAAAAGAUUGCAUGGAGAAUUUUGACUGGAAAAAUGGAAUUUAGUGUCCUUAUUCAUUUCCAUGGUGGAUGAAUUUGAAGCCUUUCAGGAAAGCAAGGGAGCACGGUCUUCAUUCCCCGUGGCCCUUUCACAGUUAAUUAAAACGCUGAAGAAUUUAGAGGUAUAUUGCAACAUGAACAUAUAAAGCCAUAGUGCAGGUGUUUUUAAAAUACUCCAUUAUAUCUUACCCCACAAUAAAUUUGUAAAUUCGAAAAACUGUAAGACGACAAUUCAAACAACCCGACAAAAAUGUUUUACAAUAUUUAACUUAAACUUAAACUAUUUUAAGUUCUUUGAAUGUUUACAUGGCGAUAAAAUAUAAUUGUUUUUGUUUGUGGAAACACCACGUAAAUGUAUUACUGCAAAUAAAUUGCAGUAAAUAUUUACUGCAAUAAUUGCAAUAAAUUUAUUGCAGUAAUAAAUUUACGUGGUGUUUCCACAAACAAAAACAAUUAAACUGUUUUGUUUCACGUUGAUUAGCUUUCGUUUCAACUUACAAUUGGUAUAACUGUCAACUAUUUAUAAUUAACUGGUUUAAUUUUUCAGGAGUUGAAAUUGUUCCAACAACUCAACCAAUUGCACGUAAGUAUGCUCAGUAAUCUUGAUCGAUUAAAACUACAGCGAAUUUUUCUUACCAAUAAUUAUCACAGGAUUAUUUACAUUAUGGAUUAAUAUACAAUAUACAUACAUAUUAAUAUUUUACAUGAUAAAACAUAAUUGAAGUUUUAUGACGCAAUAAUAUAAAACCCAACAGAUACCAACAGUCCGUGCAAAAAAAAACACUGUACUUGUGAUCCCGUAAUUGUGUCUAACAAAAUUCCCCCUCUCCCAGCAUAAUGCUGGAAAUUAUCUAUACUUAUAUAACCAUCAUUUUAUUGAACAACGGUGGUACAGUGAUCAAAUAAUAGACAUGUGAUUUGAUCUUGUAUAUAUACAGGUAUCCGGUGUGUUCACUUAGUCGGUAAUAAACAUUGCAUCAUCAUCAUUGUUGUAUUAUUUAGAAGUGUUAUAUUUAUUAUAUACAUGACAAAAUUACUACAAUCUGAUUGUUUAAGAGGAGCGCAAUUGUUUCAUUUAUUACAUUUAUAUUCAUUUUAAAACCAGUGGGGUUCCCUGCAAUCGGACUGGUUCACAGGAGUGCGAUUUCAGCACGAAUUGCACUUCCAGCAGUGCGAUUCGUGCUGAAAUCGCACCUUCUUUCAAUCAAUCACAUUUGAGUGCUGAUUUCAACGAAACAAUCAUAUUUAAUCAUAGGAUUCAAACAGCGAAUCAAUUUUAAGAAAAAUGUGGUAUGGCAAAAUGAGCAAAAACAAAAAAAUUUUUUACAUAUGUCAUGAUUACCAUUGAGUGCCUAAGCAUGUUUUGGCACAUAAAAACAACAAAAAAAAAUAUGGAUAGCAACAGCAAUCUAUCAAAGAAUUGCAAAGAAUGUUCACAUUUUUUAAAUUUCUCAAAUAGUAAACAGGUAAAAACGGCAACAAAAGCAAAUUUUAUAAUUCAUUAGGGAAAACAAAGCUCGAAAUCCGCCUAUCGUAUUUCCAAUUUUAAACGCAUAAAACUGCACCAAAACUCUUUCAAAUCACUCGUAAAACCUAAAUAUGCUUAAACUUACUUGUGUUGUCUCUUAUUCUUUAUAAAUGUCUUCAUUUCUUUAAUAUUUUAACCAUUUUUUCAGCAAAACUAGGCUAUACUAACUAAUAAUUGUUCAUCUUGUUUGCUUAUUGUUGCUAUGCUACAUUUACAGCACGCAGGGAGGUACCGGAUGUCUGUCUUUUGCAAACAAAAACGUUUCCGGUUUACAAAAAUAUUAGAUAGAUAGUUUAGAUAAAUAGUUUUAUUAAGAAUAGUAGCAUUACAGCUGUACUCCUGAAUUGCGCUACUUUAACAACCUAUAAUUUAAAAAGUACGUUAAAAAUAUCUAUAUAGCUAUGUAUACCUAUUUUACUUAGCUAAGGUGUCUCAUAAUGUUUUUUGAUUAUUUUCCUAUCGUGAUUUCUGCUACAUGCCAUUAUAAACGAGUUUGCAAAUCACUUCGUUUUCACCAGCGGUAUUUCAAAGGUUCUUUUCUUUCGAAGAUUGUAGUUCGUGUUCAUGUUGUACUGUGGUAAGAGAGAAUGUAGUUUUGAACUUCUGUCAUUGGAGAUUUGUUCAAAGAGAUUCAUUGACAAGAUUUCAUAGUGCUCGCUGAUGGUUACCAGUUUCGUUUUCUUCAGAGCUUCCUGAUAAGUGCAUUCUGGAAAUACUAUCGCUAGGGCUCUCUUUUGGAUUUUUUCCAAUUCUUGUUGAAGAUACUUUGGAAGGGAAUUAUGAAAUAAGGGACAAGCAUAAUCCAGAGUAGUUCGAAUGCAUGAAGAAUAGUAUUCAACAAUGUCUUCUACAGGGACAUUAGCUCGUUUCAAUUGAACAAGAAACUUGUGUUGUCUCUUAUUCUUUAUAAAUGUCUUCAUUUCUUUAAUAUUUUAACCAUUUUUUCAGCAAAACUAGGCUAUAUUAACUAAUAAUUGUUCAUCUUGUUCGCUUAUUGUUGCUAUGCUACACUUACAGCACGCAAGAAGGUACCUAAUGUGUGUCUUUUGCAAAUCAAAAGCCAGGGGCCUAAUUUGGUACCCUUUGGAACACCCGAGGGGACAAAGCCCCAUUCAGACAUGCAAUCAUAACUCAACUUUACUCUCUGUAGUCUGCAUGUUCGAUAAAAAAUUUAUUAUCCAGUUAAUUAUAGUGGUGGGAAUAUCCAGCUAUUUCAAUUUGUUGACUAGGAUUGUAUGAUCGAUUAGGUCGAACGGCUUUCGGUAGUCAAACAAUAAUACUCUUACAACAGAGCCCGUACCGUCUGUUUCGUAAAGCCAUUUAUGUACCAUGCUUAUGAGUGCUUUCACGGUAGAGGAUCCAGGUACUGUACGAUACUGAUUUGGAUCUACGUUCUUCAAUAUGGUUUAAUAUAAUGAAUAACUACAAAACUCCUCCGCAAUUUUUGAAAUCGAUGGGGUGGGUGAAUUAGCACGUAUCUCUUUUUUUAGGAUAUUUAAAUUGUUUGACCUUUGGUAUUGGUAUUACGUGCGCAUGCUUUAAGAUUAAUUAAGAUUUCAAACUGAAUAUAUUAAAGUGGAAAUUAAACUUCGUGACGUGCAAUUUUGGACUGAAAUCAAACUUGUGAUUACAAAUCGCAAGGAUUACACGUCCCGCUUCGUGGUCGUGCGAUUUUAUAAUCCUGCGUUUGAUUAAUUCAGUCCAAAUCGCACUCCACUCAGUUCAAUUACCAUUAUUAAUUGCACUCUCCAGGAGUGCAAUGAAUUAUUUUCGUGAUAGCUGGGGGGAGCGAGAUAUCAAAACAAUAAAAUCCAAUAUACGAAAUUUAAAUAAGUAUUUAUAACAAAUGUGGACGAAUUUGACUACAUUUUGUCACAAGAAUGAGUUAAAAAAAAAACACUGUAUGGCAAAAAGAGCCUGUGAAAAAUACCUAGAAACAGCGACCUCACUGAUCUCAAAAAUAUGGCUGUUUGCCAGGAUUGGGAUAAACAAGAUUUCAAUUUUCAAAGGCAUAUAUUUGGAAAAUCAAGUUUCAGACGAUAAGCUUUGAAGCAAUUUUUGUUUCAAGAAAUGAAAAAAAUUGAUUUACUGUGGAAAAUCGUGGAAUAUAGGGCAAGUUUGCUUUGAAUGUUUAAUGUUUACGAAUUUUGUCGCUUUAAUUUAUUGCGUAAUUUAAAACAUGCACUGCUUUCCUUUUCAAUGAACCUGUAUUAAAGUUUGCUAAAUUAACAUGUUUAAUUUAAGAAUAAGAAGUAAAAUGUAAAGGAGAGCAAAUUCAAUUAAAAAUCGAACUGAAAUUACUCAACGACUUGAACUUAUUUUGUAUUAUAGACUAAAAACCGGUACAGUUUUAUAUCGGAAAAUGCAGUUUAUAGUUUAAUUUUAAAAUGAACAUUUCAAAACAUUUUACGACGCGAUUGACGUUAAAUUUUACAUUAAAUCAAAGCUCACAGAAUGCAGAACAACAUACCUACAGUACAUAUUUCGGAAAUUCAUUGUUAUAUAGGUAAAAGCAAUAAUCUUUAACUAUUUUGGCGUGUUCGCCGUGUUGUACAAAAAUAUAAUAAAAUUUAAUUUAUCGUGCUGCCAUGGCAGCACUUACGUAAGCGCGUGCCUGCGUUCAGUCACAGGUUCAGUGUUGAUCAAUUACCAAUACUUCAUGUUAAAUCAAUGUUUGGAAAAUAGAUCCGAGGGGUUAGUGCAUGCAUAUAUUUCUAGUAAAUAAAUAGUCUUGCAAUUAAUGAUUAACACUACUCGUGAUAUUUGAAAAAUGUGCCAAAUUAUACUCGCCUCGGCGGCUCGUGCAAUUUUGGCACAUUUUUCAAAUAUCACGAGUAGUGUUAAUCAUUAAUUACACUCCUUCACGUGUUUACUAAUAAUCAUUCUUUUAUCAAAAUCAUGCAGACCUUUAUCAUUUAAUCCGUGACAAACUGCAAAGAAUGAAGAUAUUACUCAUACUUUCCUGCAACUUAUUCAAUAUAUAGUUUAUUCAAUAUGCCUUCGCCCAUUUAGUACUACUAAAUUGUAAAUUUGGACAUACUAAAACGCUGUUUUUGAUUAUCAGGAUUCUGUCAAAUCUUCCCCGAAGUCCAGAAAAUGCCAUUUCAGCGACUCUAUAUUAAAAAAUUUCCUCGGACCUACUGCCCUCGCUUUCAGCCCCCCAAUCGAAAGGAGCUUCCUACGGCCGUGGAUAUACAAGUAUACAUUUUAGGAUGUGUUCACAUUAGUAGGUAAAGAGUAAAUAAACGUUAAAUAGGAACGUACUGAACAUUGCAGGCGUGCAUCAUUCGCUUAUAGGAAUAAAUUAAAUUGUGGUAAAUUCCCGUGUUUGAAAUAAUAAUAGUCAACUUGUAAUAUCUAAAUUUAUAGGAUCGCAAUUUUAAUAUUUAUUUUCAUUUACUACAGAAAAAGUUGUGAACGUAUCUAUCCGCUUCACGAGCAUUAAAUGGAAUGACGAACUUAGUGAUAAAAAGUCAAAGGAAUUUGCUGAAACGAGUAAAAGAAUCAUAGAAGCGGUAGGACCUGUAAAAUAGUAUAACGUUUAUGUUAUUUUUAUUUAAUUUUGAAUAUAAAGAAUAAUCCAUUUGCUAUAAAUAACAUAAAUUAUAUAUAGCUUGUCCACUAAGGGUUUGCUGCAUGCAAAUGUUUUUUUGUUUUGUCCAUCAUGUGAAAUUUAUAUCUUUCAAUGCCAUUUGUACUGCUAAUAAGUUAGAUUUCUAUAGGAGAAUUUUAACUAGAAUAUAUAUUUCAUAACUGCCUUGCGGAUCUGUCAAAACAAUUUUUGGGCAAGAGCUUUUUAAUGCGUUGUGUAAUUGCGACUUUUGCCAGUUUCAAAUUUAAUAAUUAUAUUAAGUAAUUUGUGUCAUUACAGUAAUUAGCGUUUUUUUCAUUUUUAUUAAGGUUGAAACUGUGUACAGUGAAAGUGAGUCUUUUCGAAACGCCGAAGUACUUACACUGAUGUACGUUAAUUAUUCACACCUUAUUUACUUUUAGUACGUAUAUAUAACCCUUCCACUGAGAGGGCUCUCAAAGGAGUCCUAAUAAAUUAGUCAAGAUGGGGUGUGAACAUGAUAUGAACAUGAAUAAUUUAAUUUUUUAUUUUUGGAUUUAUAAUUCCUAAUUUGUGUUUUCAAAAAGAUGGAAGGAUUUAAUUUAAAAUCAAACAUUCCUAAAGUGGAAUUUAUUUCAUUGAAGGGUCAAUGUGAUCCGUACUUAGAUAUUUAUCGUGGGAAAUUAAACUUUCUAGGUUAAGAUAGUGCAAACUACAAAAAUAUAUGGGAAGUCAAUCGCCGAAAUUCGACAUGGAAUUUAAUAAACAUGUGCAUGCUCACCCACGUUGGGAUCCCAUUAGUAUACACUUUAUUACAUUUAUCUCUCGAUGAAAACACUCUAAAUGAUUUUCGGUCUUCAUUCACAGGAGAGGCAGUGUUAAAGCCAUGAUUAAAUUGGUAUUUAAUCCUGAAUUUGUCGAGGGUGAUAACGAGAUGAAAUUGGCAAAUGCUGUGAAAACUGGUAGGGUUGGAUCCCUUGAAGUGGAUAAACAAUCAUUCAACGUAGAAG